AUGAUUGUCUCGCGCUCUGGAAAGGUUGUGGAUGUCUGUGGCUAUGAUCCUUCCACCACUAGCCGCCAACUUGAGGUUGUCACUGCUGCAAUUGCAUACAAUCGACCAACCACUGGUGAAACCAUCAUCCUCUUCCUCCAUCAAGCCAUCCAUUUCCCGAAUAUGGACCACCAUCUUUUGAGCACAAUGCAAUCACGGACGAACAAUGUUACCAUUAAUGACCGCCCAAAAUUCCUUACUGCCUGCCCCAACGACAACGACCACUGCAUCCUUGCCCCAUCUGACGAUCUCAACGAUAUUACCCGCCUCCCGCUACCGGUACGCAUCCACGGCACCAUUUCCUAUCUCAAUGUCCGCAAGCCCACCGCCGCCGAAUACGCCACUUGCGAACAUGUCUCCCUCACCGCCAACGCACCAGACUGGGACCCCCGCACCACCAAAUACCAACUUGUUGAAGACUCUCUGGUCGACAAUGCCGGAAGACUGCUGGAGAGAGGGGACCUGAAAAACCGACACUUCAUUUCACCGCUCUAUUCUGAACUCUCCACCAAUAAUCCACGCAUCAUCUCCGAAACCGUUUCCCAAGAACAUGCUAUCCUACACGAAAUUGAUCCCAGAUUGAACGACCAUCACUUCUCACAACAACUGAGUGACAUGGUUCAAAUCUCUUCUGUUUGGUCAGCAUACAAAGGCCCUGCAGUUGACGCGAUCAAGCUAGCACGCAACUGGGGGAUUGGGAUCGAAGCAGCCACAAAGACAAUCCAAGCAACUACCCAACGAGGAGCUAGGACUAUACUGCACCCAUCCCUGACCAGGAGAUGA